AUGCAGAGGUACGCUGCCUUCGACAAGCGCGAACAAGUGCUGAAAGGGAUCGAAGCCGCGCUGGGAUCGACGAACAAGCACACUAAGUUGGCAUGCACGUCGGUCUUGCUCAACAUGGCCAUUGUGCUGUACGAGAGCAGCCAACCCCCGAAAGCCCUGGAUGAAGCUUCUGCGUUGCGGGUCACCCAAUUGGCCCUCGGUUUCCUAGACAAGGCUUCUGAAGAGGAGGACGCCAGGCAUCGUGCAAUGCUUGCCAUUGGUUCAAUCCUGCCGCGCGACAAGGGUGCGAUCGUGGCCGAGUGCAAGGCCGCAAACUUCCUGGGCAAAGUCUCCAGCUUGGAGGAGAAGUUGGGUGCCGCGGCCUCUGCCGAGUUGCGGAGCUUCAUUGGUGGAUGA